AUGAUUUACGAAUUUGAAAAAUUGAAUGUGUUGGUUGUUGGAUGUGGAGGAUUAGGUAAUGAAGUCAUAAAAAAUUUAAUUUAUAUAAAUAUAAAAAAUAUAACUAUUGUUGAUUAUGACUUUGUAGAAAUAAGUAAUUUACAGAGACAAUUAUUUUUUACACCUAAUGAUAUAGGUAAUUUUAAAGUUAAUGUAAUUAAUAGAAUAAUAAAAGAUAAAUAUAAAGACGUUAAUAUAAGAAGUUAUAUAAAAAAGAUAGAACUUUUUGAUUUAGGUUUUUUUGAAGAUUUUGAUUUUAUUAUUGGUUGCUUAGAUAACAUAGAUAGUAGAAUAUAUCUUAAUAAUUUAAUCUUUAAUUUAAAAAAAGAUAUUAUAUAUAUAGAUGGUGGAGUAGAAGGAUUUAAAGGUAGUAUUAAAAUUAUAGAUAGAAAAAAUGAGUUUGCUUGUUUCAAUUGUACAAUUGAAAAUUAUUCUAAUUAUUCUUUUCCUAUUUGUUCUAUUAUUAACAAACCUAAAACACCUGAGGAAUGCAUAUUAUAUGUUAUGAAUGUUUCAUUCAAAGAUAUAAAAAAAGAAAAAUUAGAUAAAGAUAAUGAAAACCAUAUAAAAUGGAUAUACGAAGAGUCAAAAAAAAGGGCUCAGUUGUUUCAUAUAAAUAAUUUAUCAUAUUCGUUAACUGAAAAAGUAGUAAAAAAUUCAAUUCCUACAACUAUUAGUACAUUAAUGAUAAUUUCUUCAUUAAUGAUAACUGAACUUUUCAAUAUUAUUACAUUUAGAAAUAGAGAAAAUAAUUAUAGUGAUAUAUUAUAUGUUGGAGAUAAUGGAAUAUAUAUGUAUUAUUAUAAAAUUUACAAAUCUCCUAAUUGUAUGAUUUGUAAUAAAAAAGAAAUAAAGUUAACUUUUAAUAAGAUAGAUAAAUUAAAUAAGCUUGUUGAUUUUAUAAAAACAAAUUAUAAUUCAAAGAAUAUUAAUAUAUCAUCAGAUUCUUCUAUAUUAUUUAUAUCAUCCAAAUAUUUAAGAAAAAAUUAUGAACAAAAACUAAAUUCAACAUUUCAACAGUUAAUAGAUAAAGGAGAAAUAACAAUAGGGAAUUCCUUGAAUAUUCAAACAGAUAAAAAUAAUUUUAUUUUAUUUCUUAAUUUAGUCUAA